AUGAGUGAGCGCGUAGAAAAACAUAGAGUAAAGAAGAGAAAAUUGCAAGAAGUACGGAAUUUAACAAAACAACAUGUUAUGGCAGAACUGACAACUAAGGUUAAAGAAAGUAAGCAAACAACAAAUGAGUUGCAUAUUAAUAAUACAGAAUUGUAUUGUGACGAGAAUACAUCAGAUCCUGAUAUUAAUAAUGAAGAAUUGUAUUGUGACGAGAACACAUCAGAUUCUGAUAAUAAUGAAAACUGUCAUAAUAAUUUGGACAUUGAACAGGAUGAAAUCGACAAGUGUUUAACCCAGAAAAAGAGCGAAGUGGACGAAAUAUUUUUGCAAGAAUGUGGCAAAAAACCCGAGGAAAUGUUACACGAGGUUGAGUCUGAGCCAGUUGCAGCUGCCAGUUUAGCUCAGGUGUACAAAGCUGUAACUCUGGAUGGAGAUAAAGUGGCGAUCAAAGUACAAUACAUGAAUCUCCAAGAUCGAUUCAUAUCUGAUUUGAAAGGGAUAGUUUACCUACUAAAAGCUAUUACAUAUGUGCACCCGAAGUUCGAUUUGCAUUGGAUAUUUGCGGAAAUUAUUGAUAGGUUACGCCUGGAGUUGGAUUUCGAAAUCGAAGGAAGAAAUUCAGAACAAUGCGCUAAAGAUCUAAAGAAAUUCAAGUAUGCAUAUGUGCCAAAAGUUUAUUGGAAUCUUAGUACUAAGCGAAUUCUUGUAACAGAAUGGAUCGAUGGUUAG